AGGAAUGGUCAGAAACAGGGAGAGGGGAACAGAGCGCCGCGGGAAUCGGGGAAUAUCAACGUGGAACAGUCCUCCUCCCCAGGCAGUUUCAGUAUGAACGAUAAUCAGUACCAGGCCAGUCCCAUCUAUGACAACAGAGGCUUUCAACAUGAGGAAAGAAGAACCCCAUCAGAAGCCCCCCAACAGGGUCUCUACCCGUGCCGUCCACAAGAGAUCCCCAGCUAUGUUGCUGUUACUCCUAACACCAUCAACACCCACCACUCUGCCCCCCCCGCAGCAGCACCUGAGCCCGCACAGAGGAAAGGACAACAGAAGUGUCCCUGGAAGCGGGUCCUGUGUGGCUGUCUGUGUGGGCUCCUCCUCCUGGCUCUCGCCGGCAUCCUGCUCUGGUACUUCUUAUACUACCAGUGUUUACUGGGGAAGUCCUGCAAAAGUGGUGGAAGGUGUUUGAGCCACUCCCAGUGGUGUGAUGGUGUACAGGACUGUUUUCAUGGAGAGGAUGAGUCUCAAUGCUUUCGUCUCCAUGGGGCUAACUUCCUGCUGGAGGGUUACUCCCCUGAGAGCCGCAGGUGGGUGCCGGUGUGUGCUGAAUCCUGGGACAACAACUAUGGGAGAGCUGUGUGUGAGCAUAUUGGCUACAACAGGCAGGACUAUGUGUCCUACACUCAAACCAGCGCAGGUUCUCUAUCCUCCAGAGGAUACAUGAAGCUGCAGCCUGGAAGUAAAUAUGGAGCACCUAUACACUCACAGCUCACUUUCAGCUCAUAUUGCACAGCCAGAGUCAAACUUCAAUGCAUUGAAUGUGGAGUGAGUUCUGCCAACCCCAGUACUCGCAUUGUGGGGGGGACAGAGGCAGUGAAUGGGGCCUGGCCGUGGCAGGUCAGUCUACAGACCAAUGGUUAUCACCUCUGUGGAGGCUCCAUCAUCAGCCCGUACUGGAUCCUCUCUGCUGCCCACUGCUUUCAAAGGUACUCCUAUCCUGGGAAGUAGUUGGUAUACU